AGGGGCGCAGGCGGGCGCCGGAUGCUUUGCUCGGCGGCGGGGCUGCCCUCCUGAUCUUUUUCCCCGAGACCGAGACGAAGGGGAGCGCUCCCUCUGAGCCCUAACAAAGGGAUUUGGGCCGGCGCACGAGGCGAGGGCGGCAGCGGGGUCCGUCCGGAUGCGGUGAGAGCGGCUGCUCAGGCAAGGAGGAAAAGGCAGAAAACGGCGCUCCCGGCAUCACUCGCCUUCCACCAUGGGCUGCUGUACCGGACGCUGUACUCUGAUCUUCCUCUGCACGCUGCAGCUGUUAGCCGCCCUGGAGAGACAAAUCUUUGACUUUCUUGGAUUCCAGUGGGCACCUAUCCUUGGUAAUUUCCUGCACAUAAUAAUUGUCAUUUUGGGUUUGUUUGGAACCAUACAAUACAGACCUCGAUAUAUAGUUGUGUACUCAGUAUGGACUGCUCUCUGGGUCACAUGGAAUGUUUUCAUUAUCUGCUUCUAUUUGGAAGUAGGCGGGCUUUCUAAGGAAACUGAUCUCAUGACCUUUAACAUCUCAAUGCAUCGAUCCUGGUGGCGAGAACAUGGGCCAGGCUGCAUACGAAGAGUGGUGCGUCCUUCAGCUCCUGGAAUCUUAGACGAUUUUUCCUAUGUCUCUGUGACAGGCUGCAUCAUUGACUUCCAAUACCUAGAGGUCAUUCACAGCGCCAUCCAAAUAUUACUGUCCUUGAUUGGUUUUGUUUAUGCCUGUUACGUGAUCAGUGUUUUCAUGGAGGAAGAGGACAGCUUUGAUUUCAUAGGUGGACUUGACACAUACUGCUACCAACUGUCCCCCCAGGAACAUAUUGAUUUAAAGCCUGUAAAGCUUGUCGAAAUAAGUAAUGAACACUGAUGCAGCACUCGUGUUUGGCAGUAUUUUGCUGAGGAAUUGAAUUUUUCAAGGGAAGCACCAAUUCUGUGAGACCAGCUCAUAGAAGAAACACAUCAUGCAUCUAACCUGGACUGUCGAGUCCUCUACCAACGUGUGACGGAAUCCUUCAGUCACAGCCUCAAUUUUCUUAUUGUUGUUAGGUGGAUCCUUGUUAGAUGAUCUUGGAUUUUCUUUUAAUUAUUCACUUUUAUGGACACUUGUAAAUUAUAACUUUCUUUUGUAAGAUUUUUUUUUUUUUUUUUUUUUUAACAAAUAUCUAGUGUUUGGCAUGAAACAACUGAAUGUGUGAAAACAAGGAAAGGUGUCUUCUUUUUUCAGAAAUUGAGCCUGUAUUUUUGGACUGAUACAAUCAGACUGUGCCUGCAUGUGCUAAUGGUAACAUGACACAUAUGCCCCUCAGAUAAAACCUGCAGGUUGCAGUUCAGGGAGGGGAAGAUGAAACUGGGAUGCAACAUCCAACUUAGGCCUUUGGUGCCUAUAUCUCAACCUGCCAUGUACUGUAGGAACUGCCCAGUAACAGUUCUCUUUUAAUUGUAAUAGCAGUAUGGUUGCAUAAACUGUGCAUAUUUACUUGGAUAUAAGCCCCACUGAGUUCAAUGGUGCUUUCUCCCAAGUAAGAAUGCAUUGGAUUGCAGCCAAUGGCUGCUUCUUCCGCUUUGCCCCUCUCUUGUAUUCACUGUCACUGCCAGUGACGAGCAAAGAAGUGAAUGGAAACACUCUGUUUCAUUCUAUUGAAAUUCAGGGCUGAUGUCUGUAAUUUGCACAUCAUUUUAAUCUUUCUCCUAGGAAGGAAUCAAACAUGAAUGUGUAGUGCAUUGGGGUAAAAAAAAAUAUCAGGGCUGGCCAAUUGCAGCCUUACAAGCCUCUGAGGAUUCGUCGUGGUCUUAAUUUAAAAGUUGGCCAGAAGGCACUCAUUAUGAAAAUGUGUAUAAAAAUGUGUAAACUUACCUGUAAAUACCUUUAGAAUAAGAAUAUGUAUUAAUGUGUCAUUUUGUUUUUUAUUUGGUUUCCAAUGGCAUAAAAAGUGAGAGAAACAAGUGA